AUGAAUCUUGUCAAGGUAGCAAAAUCACGUCUGCAAAUAAUGAGGGAAAAAGAUUGGGAUGUAUUGCUUGAUGAUGUUUCUAAGUUUUGUAGCAAAUAUGAACUGGAUGUGCUUGACAUGGAAGAUGAGUUUGUAGCUCGAAAAAAAGGAAGACGUAGAGCUGAGAAAAUGAAGAAUCUCCACUAUUAUCGAGUUGAGCUAUUUUGUUCUGUUAUUGACUUGCAAGCUCAAGAGUUGAAUCAACGUUUUGAUGAAGUCAACACAGACUUAGUUUUAUGCAUGUCAUGUUUUGAUCCUAGGGAUUUAUUUUCUGCAUUUGAUUUGGAGAAGCUGCUUCGUCUUGCACGGUAUUAUCCUUCUGAAUUUUCUGAAGUUGCUUUGUCCGAGCUUAAAAGUCAACUUGUGAACUUUAUUUUCGAUGUGCGCAUAGAUGAAAAGUUUUCACAAAUAUCAGGAAUCAGUGGUCUUGCUCAAAAGAUGGUUUCUACAAGGAAACAUGAAGUUUUUCCAAUGGUUUAUUCAUUAGUUAAGUUGUCAUUGAUCUUACCAGUUGCCACUGCAUCAGUAGAAAGAGUCUUUUCAGCAAUGAAGAUCAUCAAGACUUCUCUACCGGUUUCAGAAGAAGAAGAAUAG